GCUCGCAUUCCCAUUUUAUCGCUCGUGCGGUGCGCAUCGGGCUGGUCGUCGUCGUGUGGCGCAAGUGAAUCGAGUGCUGUAGAUCGUGGUAGUAGUCUCCUAGUACAUGUGAGAGUGACCGGCUCUAUCGUCCGUGUGCGUGCUUAUGAGGUUCUGUUUUUUGCGUUGUAAAGAAACACGUGUUCUUGUGGAAGAUUUGGAAAGAAAAGCACGGGGAAAGAAGCUCUGUGUGUAGUAUUAUCGUGAAAGGAAUUAUUCUGCUACGGGGUGAGUUUGAGUCGGUUGCGCCCGGUGGUUUGCAGUUCACCCGCACAGUGAAAUACACACCUACGCAUCUUAUCAAUUUGUUUAACCAGCCCCCACCAAAAUGGCUCUUUCAACGAGUGCAAAUUUUAUCAAAUAUUUAUUAUUUCUGUUUAACUUUUUCUUUGCGAUCACGGGUGUGAUCAUAAUGGCGGUUGGCUUAACCGUGCAAGGCGCUUAUCACAACUUCCGCGACAUUCUCGACGCAAAGUUCUUCAGCAUUCCCACCUUUCUGGUGGUGAUUGGAUCGUUCAUCUUUGUGAUUGCCUUUUUCGGGUGCUGCGGCGCUUACAAGGAAAACUACUGCAUGACCCUAACGUUUUCCGUUCUGCUGAUCUUGAUCUUUAUACUGGAACUGGCGGCCGGUAUCAGUGGGUACGUGCUGCGCAAUGACACCCGCGAACUCGUGAGCAAUGCACUGAACUCAUCGAUGAAGAGCUAUGGAGGCGAGAACGCUGGUGACAUUACGCUGGUUUGGGACGAGAUUCAGGUUGAUUUCGAUUGCUGCGGUGUGUACAACAGUUCCGACUGGGGACGUGCUAACGCGGCGAAAUUCAAUGAAACUUUCCUACCGAUGACUUGCUGCCGGCAGCAGACGGGUGCCGUCGGAUAUGUUGCUUGCCCGGAUCCCACCAGUGCUACGCUGCGCAAAACGGGAUGUAUCGAUUCGUUCGGUGAUUUCAUCAAGGCACACGCCGUAAGCCUAGGUGCUGCUGGAAUAGCACUGGCAGUGAUUCAGUUCUUUGGAAUUCUCUUUGCAUGCUAUCUGGCCAAGCAAAUCAAACUGCAAGGUGUCAGCAGCUAUUAAGGAUUGAAGUGUCCUAUCGUGUUACGGUGUAUUUUUGAACUCAUAAAAUGUUUGAAUUCUUGCUUCGAAAGGAUCCAUUGUACACACGCAAAACAUGCAAAUAUACUGUAACCAAGUUAUCUAGAUAAUAGA